GUUUAUUUAAGAAGUGCCUGUGAAUAUAAACAAUUCUUUACUUUCUUGAGUUUAUAUGAUUUGAUAGUCUUAUGCAUGAUGCAAUGAUAACAAUAAUGGUCAGUGAUUUAUAAAGGGAAUAAUAGUGCUGUAGUGGUUAUGCUGAAUAUAAUAGGUACAUGAUGUCACUACUUUAAUAGCCUAAUCUAGUAAUACUAUGCUGUCUUGAGUUUAUUCUCUUUAAAAUGCAUGAUUUAACAAGAUAGUUAUAAUGGCUGUUGGUAAAUGGUUUUGGUUGUCUUGAUGUACUUUCCCUAUUAAAUUUAAUCUAAAUAGCCAGAAUGUAUUUAAUUAGAUCUUAAACAGGCUCACACCGACCCCCCCCCCCCCACCCCCAAGCUGGAAGGGGUCGCUUCGCUUACCCGUAACUCAAAGGGGCCCCGCCAAUCUGAAUAGCCUAGGACCCGGAGACUUCUUAAUCCGGCCCUGAGCACAUACAUUGCAAAAAAAAAAAAUAAUCCAAGAGGUAACAAUGGGUGUUCACGAGAUCAGCGUUGGGUACACUCACAUCUUCUGUAUAUUUCAGUCUAGUAGUUGUAUAGCCCUUGUGGCUUAGCGCUUCUUUUUGAUUAUAAUAAUAAAAUUCAGUCUAGUAAGACAACUUUUGAAACUUUCACAGGCACGCAAAUUGUUAAAGAUUUUUUCCCGCGAUUUUUCUUCUUACUUCCGUAGUAGUACCGUCAAUUACCAUUUCACUCAUACUCAAGGGGUAAACUUGUCGUGGGUCAUACAACACCUGGGAAUGGAAAGCAGUCCAGUUUGAUCCGAGGACGGGGAGGGUAUCUCCUAAUAUCAAGAAUUUUUCACCCAGCUGAAAGGAGCUGCAUCUGUUAUGCCUUAAGCAGUCCAGUUUGAUCCGAGGACGGGGGGGGUAUCUCCUAAUAUCAAGAAUUUUUCACCCAGCUGAAAGGAGCUGCAUCUGUUAUGCCUUAAGCGGCUCCUUAACGUGGAUACCUUGAGGCCUGUGAAUAGUUCUUGAUCCUAGGAAUUAGUUACCUUACUUUCUCUUCUUCACUGCAGUGAUGGAGACACAUUAGGUAUCUUUAAGAUCAGUGACUGGCUUCCUUCACUGCAGUGAUAGCCUCACGUUAGGUGCCUUAAAUAUCUGUUUGUCACUUGCUUCUUUCACUGCAGUAAUGGAGAUCAGCUCGACGCAGAGCCGCUCCAGACUUGGGCCGCUGUUUGCUGUGCCGUGGUCAAUCGGCUACAUGGUGAUUGCUGGUGUUGCUUACCUGGUGAGGUCCUGGCAGUGGCUCCAGGUUACCAUCACCCUCCCUGCCCUCCUCUUCACCCUGUAUUACUGGCUAUUGCCGGAGUCUCCUCGUUGGCUCAUCCUUCAUAACCAGCUCGCCAGAGCGUUGGAAGUUCUUCACUGGGCAGCCAAGGUGAACGACAAGAAACUACCUCCUGACCACCACCUCUUGAGUGUCAUGGAGAAAAUAGCAGCCAAGGAGAAGCAGCCCGAGAUAAGAGGAGGACGUGUGCUGGACGUGCUGCUGCAGGAGCUGAAGCACAUUGUGUCCCUCGUCAGGGUGAGGACUCUCAGAAGAAGAAGUUUGAUCGUUUUUUUCUGCUGGUUGGCCGCAUCCGUGGUCUACUACGGUGUUGCCUUAAACUCUACCAACCUCAGUAUCAACACCUACCUCUACAUCUUCCUCGGGGGGCUGCUCGAGAUGCCUUCAUACAUCCUGUUGUGGCCUGCCGUCGUCUUUUUGGGAAGAGUCAAAUCCCUCUCUGUCCUCUACUGCACUACCGGCAGCACCAUCCUUCUCAUCUCUGUUGUCAUCCUCUUCAUUCCUGAGACACCGUGGGUGGUGGUGAUGCUGGUGUCGUUGAUAGGAAAGACUGCCAUCACUGCAGCCUACCAGCUCGUCUGGAUGAUGACAGCUGAGCUUUUCCCCACCAAGUACCGCUCUCUCGCACUCGGCCAUGCCAGCUUCUUGGGCAAGACGGGGAGCAUCCUCUCUCCAUACAUCAAUGAUAUUCUGACUCUUCCAGAUCUUUCCUCACUGGAGGGAAUCAUGAGUGUGUCAUCGCUCUCUGCUGCUCUCGGGCUCUUAGUUACUGCAGUAGUUGCCCAACUACCUUUUACCACUAUCCCAACAAUUUCCGACGAAAUAAAAGGAAAUGCAUUGACUGGAAAAAGCAGCAUCGUUCAUCCGCCUGUGGGAGUACGCCCUGGAGAAAAGACGGUCAGGGACCCGCACCAGUCAACAGAAUUAAUUUUGAACCGUGUGAGACGUCAGCUGCAGUUUCCAGGACUGAAGGGAUUGGGUGACUUUGAUCCCGUAUUGCGCCGCGGGGCCGGUGAUCUGACCUUACCCAGAGGCUUCAAGCUCAAUACCUCUACAUUCAACUCAUAUAACGAGUCACGAGAACAUCGCUUCUCACGGUUUCAUGCAAGCAUGGUGCGCUACAACCCACCCCUCGAUCCACUCACCUCGAUAGAUAGAUUUGCCACCGUGUACAAGUUGAGUGGCAGCCCCGAGGAGAGCGUGGUAUCCACCCUCCAGCGGGAAGGACUCACCACUCUGCUUGUCCUCCUGGAAACUUCAGGACUCCUCAACUUCCUCAUCUCGGGAGAAAAAGGCCCUUACAUUGUGCUAGCACCAUCGGAGGCCGCAUUCUCCCAGCUGACUCGUAAGGAGCUUCGUCAAUUAUCUCGUGGGAAUGACCUUGCUUACCACCUCAUUCCCCUUCGAGGUCAACCUGCACCGGAAGUUACAAAUGAUUCGACUUUCAAAACUCUGCUAGGUCCCGAGCUCAGAUUUAAUGUGUACGGCAACUCUGUGUUCGUCAACGGUGUGGCAGUAUCGAGGGGCGACCUACCCUUCUCUCACGGCACCAUCCAGGUGGUCGACUCUGUGUUGGAGGUGCCGGUUGGGGAGAUUCAGGCGGUAUUGGUGGGAAGCGGACACUCCUACUCUAGGGUGAACACACUGCUCAGCGCAAGUGACCUCGUCCAGUCAGGCAAAUUGAAUUAUGGCAAUGUUAUGGCUCAUACAAAUUUUGCAUUCUGGUUAAUUUUGAUAGAAAACGACACUUGCCUUAGACCAGAACUCCUAAAUAAGAAAAAGCAGGAACGUACACUCUGCUGGGACCGCCGGACUCCGCUAUCACGUCCAAGGGUUAUUCAUGGCCUGGACUGCUCAGAACCGGGACUGAGACGGGAUCUACUGGCCAGACACUCUAUUAGGGGAGCCUGGUACUCUGAAGGUCUCCUGCAGCAGCGCACACUUGCCACUCUCGCUGGCACCACCGUCACGUUCAGAAAGGAUCUUGAUGGCACAUGUGAGUUAAAUGGAGUGGAGGAAGGUGGAGAAGGCGGAGGUGGAGUUGAGGAAGGAGUCAGUUCCAGAGUGUGGAGUGCUCCACGCCUGGUUGAGCCUCCCCGGCAGGAGUCAGUUCCAGAGUGUGGAGUGCUCCACGCCUGGUUGAGCUCCCCGGCAGGAGUCAGUUCCAGAGUGUGGAGUGCUCCACGCCUGGUUGAGCCUCCCCGGCAGGAGUCAGUUCCAGAGUGUGGAGUGCUCCACGCCUGGUUGAGCCUCCCGGCAGGAGUCAGUUCCAGAGUGUGGAGUGCUCCACGCCUGGUUGAGCCUCCCCGGCAGGAGUCAGUUCCAGAGUGUGGAGUGCUCCACGCCUGGUUGAGCCUCCCCGCAGGAGUCAGUUCCAGAGUGUGGCGUGCUUCACGCCUGGUUGAGCCUCCCCGGCAGGAGUCAGUUCCAGAGUGUGGCGUGCUUCACGCCUGGUUGAGCUCCCCGGCAGGAGUCAGUUCCAGAGUGUGGAGUGCUCCACGCCUGGUUGAGCCUCCCCGGCAGGAGUCAGUUCCAGAGUGUGGAGUGCUCCACGCCUGGUUGAGCCUCCCCGGCAGGAGUCAGUUCCAGAGUGUGGAGUGCUCCACGCCUGGUUGA